AUGCCUGAGGCGAAGCAGGAGCUUCAGGAGGUAGUCGACUGUCUGAAGGCCCCCCAAAAGUUCAAGCGUCUCGGAGCACGCCUUCCUCGAGGCCUCUUGCUUGUGGGGCCCCCCGGAACUGGCAAGACUGCACUCGCGAGAGCCGUGGCAACGGGUCGCUUCGACCGAAUAGUGCACGUGCCUCUGCCGGAUCGAAGGGCACGAGAGCUCAUUCUUCUAAAAUACUUGAGCAAGGUCCCAGUGCAAGCAGAGGAGGACGCGGCGGUCUUGGACGCUGGCACAACGGCUCGCGAAGAAGACUUGAGCGGGAAGCCAGGGAAGGAGAAGCCGCGGGGUGUCUCUCAAAGACGGAAGCAGGGAGACGCUGCAGAGGCGCGUGUUCUCGCGCCUACUGCUGCAGACGGGGAAAGCAGCAGUAAGGCCGGCCCCAAGAGCAGUAGCGGCACCGGCGAAAUAGAAGGCGAAGGGGAGGGCGCGAUCCAUCGGGCCCUGGCUAGCCAGCUAGCCAAACUCACUCCGGGCUUCUCGGGGGCCGAGUUGGAGAACCUUGUGAACGAGGCCGCCAUUCUCGCCGCAAGAGCAGAUAAGACAUACAUUUCGCUCCCCGAGUUCCUUGAGGCUCGCGAUAAGGUGACCCUGGGCCCCGCACGAGGAUCGCGGCUGCAGUCCUCUCUGCACAGGCGGCAGACAGCAACUCACGAGGCAGGCCACGCUGUGGUAGCUUUCUUCCUGCAGCCUAGUGCAGAUCCGAUUCACAAGGCAACUAUCGUCAGCAGGGGCAGCGCCCUUGGGCUCGUGGAACAGGUACGGUGGAGGGAGCGGAGCUCCUUUGAGGCGCGUGGAAGCAGGCGUUGUCAGCUGGCACGUUAG